AAGGAGAGCCUCCCUGGUUGAGCCCUGCUGUAAAACUCACCUGUGACCCACAAACAGAGCUUUCAAUGUGUCCCACUCAUUAAAGCCAAAGCAUCCAUCUCCACCCAGCUUCCCUCUACCCCAGCUGGGCUGAGGCCAGAAGUUUCCAUGCUGCCCAUGCUGAUGAAACCAACCACCAGUCUUUUCUCCUCCCAGCUCCACACAAGGAAAGCCAAGAAUGGAGCCCCAUUUCGGAAGCCGACCGCCCCCGGGGUCUUCCCAGGGCACUGGGGAGGGCGGAGGCCGAGGCCCACCAUGCCCAGCCCGCUGCUGCUCGCCGCUGCUCUGCUGUCCAGCUGGGCCCAGCUUCCGGCCGAAGCCAGCUCCUGGUGGUCAUUAGCUAUGAACCCGGUGCAGAGACCCGAGAUGUUUAUCAUCGGUGCCCAGCCCGUGUGCAGCCAGCUUCCUGGGCUCUCCCCUGGCCAGAGGAAGCUGUGCCAACUGUACCAGGAGCACAUGGCCUAUAUUGGGGAGGGAGCCAAGACGGGCAUCAAGGAGUGCCAGUACCAGUUCCGGCAGCGGCGGUGGAACUGUAGCACGGUGGACAACGCGUCUGUCUUCGGGAGAGUCAUGCAGAUAGGGAGCCGGGAGACCGCCUUCACCUACGCGGUGAGCGCCGCCGGGGUGGUGAACGCCAUCAGCCGGGCUUGCAGGGAGGGGGAGCUCUCCACGUGCGGCUGCAGCCGGUCGGCGCGGCCCAAGGACCUUCCCCGGGACUGGCUGUGGGGCGGCUGCGGGGACAACGUGGAGUACGGCUACCGCUUUGCUAAGGAGUUCGUGGAUGCCCGCGAGCGGGAGAAGAACUUUGCCAAGGGGUCGGAGGAGCAAGGCCGAGUGCUCAUGAACCUGCAGAACAACGAGGCGGGGCGGAGGGCGGUGUACAGGAUGGCCGACGUGGCCUGCAAAUGCCACGGCGUCUCGGGGUCCUGCAGCCUCAAGACGUGCUGGCUGCAGCUGGCUGAGUUCCGCAAGGUGGGGGACCAGCUGAAGGAGAAGUACGACAGCGCGGCCGCCAUGCGCAUCACCCGCAGGGGCAAGCUGGAGCUGGUCAACAGCCGCUUCAACCAGCCCACCCCGGAGGACCUGGUCUACGUGGACCCCAGCCCAGACUACUGCCUGCGCAACGAGACCACCGGCUCGCUGGGCACGCAGGGCCGCCUGUGCAACAAGACGUCGGAGGGCAUGGACGGCUGCGAGCUCAUGUGCUGCGGCCGCGGCUACGACCAGUUCAAGAGCGUGCAGGUGGAGCGCUGCCACUGCAAAUUCCACUGGUGCUGCUACGUCAAGUGCAAGAAGUGCACGGAGAUCGUCGACCAGUACGUCUGUAAAUAGCCGGGGGUCCGCUCGUCUGGCCUGCUCUCCGCUCCGCCUCACAAAGUUUAUAUUAUAUAAAUCUAUAUAAAUCUAUUUUAUAUUUGUAUAAAUAAAGGGAUGGAUGGUAAAUAAUUAAAAGAAGAAAAUGGAAAGGAAAAGCUUAUUUAAGAGAUGCUGGAGAUCUUGGAGGAUUGCACUGUCCUGGUUCUCUGCUCCCCGCGGGUGGGGGGCCAGGGGCUUUCCCCCCCUCCCUCUGGCGGGGACCCUCAGGAUGGAGGGGCUUGGGGCUAUUCACUGUCUAUGCACCGUGGCCUUGAGGAGACAAGUGGCGGUUAGGUGGAGAAGAUGAUUUUGUCUGGAAGUCUGGAGUCUUUGUCGCCUGGAUGACUGCCCCUGACCCUGUCAUUAGGCCAGGAGGCCCUGUGCAAGGUGGCAGGAACUCAGCUUACACCAUCCGGUCUUCAGGAUCUUGUCCAGAAUACUGAUUGGUUCCGGAAGAGGCCCGGUGCUUUCUUACCCUUUCACUCGUGUGCAUCCUGGCAGAAUCCACAGUUACAGGAAUGAGCAGAAGUCCGAUGUCAUCUCUGACAGGUGACCACAAAGGGACCUGCACCUCCACAGACUCCCAGGCCUGUCUGUCCAGCGAGAAUUACUCUCCCUCCACAGUUCAUUAGGCCCUGCCACCGGUUCCCUGGACCAAGGGGAAUGGGGGUCAAUGGCCUGACAUGUUAGGAGAGAGAUGAACUGAAUGGUUGUGCCUGAGCCACAGACAGCCAGGAGCGUAACUGGACCGAGUGAACGUUGCACUGUGCUCCCACAGGGAGAGGAAACGGGAUGCUGCUGCUGUCACUUCCUCCACUACGGGGGUGGGGGGGUGCCCCGAGUGACAGGAUGUGCAGCCAGGUCAGGCUCGGCUGGCCUGGCACGCUCUUUUCAUCUCUGCCUCAGAUGUACAGUUUCUCUCUGACAUUAAAUACCCUUCCCUGGAGUGUCUCUCCCUUUCCUUCUUUCGACACAGGAUUAUCUUUCAUGAGUCUCCUUUUCUUUUUGAUCUGAUCCUUAGAACCCUGCUACAUGGCACACGUGU